AUGUUCACGCCCGCGACAUGCACGCUACUCUUCGUCGCUAGUCUGGCGUUCGCGCAGCAAUCUGGCACGCUCAUCCCGGAAUUCCAUCCACCCAUUACCACCAAGUACUGCACAAACGCCGGCGGGUGUACCGCGCAAUCGCGCUCCGUCGUGCUGGAUUCCAACUGGAGGUGGGCGCAUACCGUCUCAGGCUUUACCAGUUGCUACGCUGGCAAUACUUGGGAUGCUACGGUCUGCCCCGAGCCCGUCAUGUGUGCGCAGAAUUGUGCGUUGGAAGGGGCGGAUUACGCAGCCACGUACGGGAUCACGACCAGCAGCGACGCCGUGCGCCUCAACUUCGUUACAGUCGGUCCAUCCGGCACGAACGUCGGCUCGCGCGUCUUCCUGAUGGCAGACGCGAAUCACUACCAGAUAUUCAAGCUGCCGAACAAGGAGAUCUCAUUCGAUGUAGAUGUGUCGGAGCUCCCGUGCGGCGUGGUCGCGGGGAUGUACUUCGUCGAUAUGCAGGCUGACGGCGGGUUGUCGGGCUUUGCGGAUAACAAUGCCGGGGCGCGGUUUGGGACCGGCUACUGCGAUUCGCAGUGUCCCCGCAACGUGAAGUGGCUCAACGGAGAGGGUAAUACCCUCGGGUGGACCCCCUACUCCGAAACUGACGGUAAAGGGCGGUACGGAAGCUGUUGCCAGGAGAUGGAUAUAUUCCAGGGAAACGCAUAUUCCUCGAUUGGCGCGGCCCAUCCUUGCAGCUCGUCCAAUCAGUACCGCUGCCAGGACGAGAUUGAAUGUGGAGAACGAUACGACUACACGUACGCUUACGAGAACCCGUGCGAUAAAGAUGGGUGCGAGUUCAACACGUAUCGUCUGGGUAAUCCAUCGUUCUUCGGCCCCGGCGGCACGGUCGACACCAACCAUAAAUUUACCGUCACUACUCAGUUCAUCACUGAUACCGGCGAAGAUGACGGCGACGUCGUGGAGAUCCGUCGCUCAUAUAAGCAGAACGACAACGACAUUCCUGUACCGUUCAGCAGUAUCGUCCCACCCCCCGAGUCCGGCAUGGGAACCUUUGGACCGUACGAGUCCAUUACGAACAACUACUGCGCUGAUCUCAAGCAGGCAUUUGGUGAAGUUCCCGCGUUCACGUAUGUAGGAGGCUUGGACAACACGAUCACGCCUAGUGGCAGAGUGCUGGUGAUGAGCAUAAGCAACGAUUAUUACAAUCGCGAUGCUACGUGGUUGGAUUCUGGUGCUCAUGGCCCGUGUCCUGCGUAUAAUGCUGACGACGUUGAACUCGAGUCUCCCAGCGCUAGAGUUGUGUUUUCUAAUAUAAGAUUUGGCGAGAUUGGAUCUGAUGACGAACAAUUGAAAUUUUUCGCGUUAUCAGCGGCUGAUGAUCUGUCGCCAUCGAUAGUCGCUGGGAGAGGUGAUCAAUGGGAGCUCCCGACUUCUUUGUUCACGAGCAACAAGAGGGCGCGGCACGAAGAGGAGCAUCACCAACAACCUCAAUCUCAUCAGGAUGUCUUCGGAAUCAGAGAAAGGCAAGCUAAUGCACAUCGCCUUCACGAUCUACUUGGAAUUGACAUGGUGAUAGUAUUGAUCGGCGUUAUUGGCGGUAGCGGCCUGUAUCACUUGGAUAACUUGUCGAUCGUGAAGGAAGUCAAUCCAGAGACUCCCUGGGGCUUCCCAAGCUCUCCGAUCAUCAUCUGUGCCCUCCCUUCUGGCACCAAAGUCGCUUUUCUCGCGCGACAUGGGCAGGGACACAUCCACGCACCGUCUGCCGUGCCAGCUCGCGCGAAUAUCGCAGCGUUCAAGUCCCUCGGCGUGCGCGCGAUCUUGGCCUUCUCAGCGGUGGGCUCCUUGCGCGAGGAAAUAUCCCCAGGAUCCUUUGUCCUCCCAUCGCAAAUCAUCGAUCGCACCAAGGGCGUGCGCCCGGCGAGCUUCUUCGAGGGGACCAGCAUCGUGGCCCAUGCUGCGUUUGGCGAUCCGUUCAGCAACAAAUUGGUGCAUUGGCUGGAGAGCCGCGUGCAGAAGGCGUUGGAUGCGGAGGGACGCGGUGUGCAGCUAUUCACUGGGAAGACGAUCGUCUGCAUGGAGGGACCUCAGUUCUCUACGAGAGCAGAGAGCGUUAUGUACCGCCAGUGGGGAGGGGACUUGAUUAACAUGAGCGUCCUCCCUGAAGCAAAGCUGGCUCGCGAGGCCGAGUUGAGCUACGCGCUUGUAGCCACCGCUACGGACUACGAUUCGUGGCGCCCCCAAUCUGAGGCGGUCACAGCAAUGGAGGUGUUCAAAACAUUGCAGGCAAACGCUGACACAUCGCGCCAUGUCUGCGCUACGAUUCUCGACGAGCUGCAUGAAGCCAUCGACAAUAACGCUGCCUCGGAAGAUGCCGAUAUCUUAUGCGAGGAAGUGGGUUCCAUGAAGUUCUCGAUCAUGCCUCGCUCGGCCAAGCAGAAUCCCCAAGAUAGAGAGAAAUUGGCAUAUGUGUUGCCAGAAUAUUUUUCAGGGGAAUGA